AUGCCAAAGCCACCAUCGAGGCGCGGCGGUGAUCCUGCUGCUGCCAUCAAGCCGCAUCUGCCACCCAUCCCAAGACCAGAUGACCUGCACAUGUCCACAGCAAGAAGGCGGCAGCUGGAGCAGCGCAAGGGUACCCGCGCAGAUGAGCAGACCCUGAAGCAAACAACACAAUGGAAGCAGAAGACAGCGCAGCGGCAAAUGCUCCAACACCUGGUCGCGGAUCAGGUGGCCCUGGUUGACUACAGCACGGAGGAAACGCUGCGCCGCCGCCCAGCAGGCAGCGCUCCCCCGGAGCUGCCAAAGACAAUGAUGUCCGAAGCCCGCAAAGCAAAGCUGAGCUACCAGCGGCGGCGUGAGAUGGCCAUGCAGGGCAAAGUGCCUGGCAUGGGCGAUGACACGUGGCAGUCAAUCGUUGGUCGCGUUCCCGAGAAACUGCGCAACCACCACACCAUCCCUCGCCAGCAGCGGAACAAACACGAGAAGGCGAUGGUUGCGCUGAACGAGGCGCUGGAAGAGGAGGUGAAGCAGGGCUACGACUCGGUGCUGCGCCGCCUCAUGGUUGCGGACACGGUUCGGCCUCCAAGUGGAAUCGACGCUGAGGACGACAUCCGCCCAACGCCUCUUGAAGAGGGCAAGGACUUCUCGACGCCGUGGCGGGGCCGGUUUGAGGCGAACAUGAGCGCGCUAUCCACACACCUGAACAUCACACACCCGCUGCUGCUGCGCAUGAAGGCGCUGUGGCACACGGCCACGUUUGGCAAGCGGCCCAUCUCGUGCACAGAGCUCGCGGCGAAGCAGCGCAGCGAGGGGUUUCUGUACACGGCCGAGUCUUUUGCGCAGGAUAUUGUCAUGUGCUGCGACAACUUCAUCGAGAAGCUCAACAUGACGUGGUACACGGAGAUUGUGGAUGAGUUUGCGACGUUCCUCGACUCGAAUCUGCAGCGGCAGAAGCUGGCAGCCACGGCGACGUCGCAGCUCUCCCUCACGGGGCCGCCGCCACUUGAUCAGGCUCAAAUCGAUCACCUCUACACGUCCUCAGACGCCCUCAUGCAGGUGCAGCUCAGCACCUUGCUCCAGGAGAUGAUGACUGACUUCUCGGUUGAGCUGACGCCGUCUGGGCUGGAAGACAUGCCCACAUUCAUUGUCAAGCUCGUCCUCGCAGACGGAGGGAUGGCAAUUGAACCGUCCCUGGAGCAGGUCACGGCCAAGCUGACAGCCACCAUUGACAGCAUCACAAACAGUUGCCACGAGAUCAUCACGAUUCGCAGCUGGCUGGCGGGCACUGCGCAGCCGCUGAAGAUCACGCUUGACCCGGCCUGUGUCCACGCAGCAAAGCAGCGCCUCACCGCCUUUGCAAAGGAGCUUGUAGGCCCUGUGCAGGCGACGCUGGCUGAGAUGGGGCGGUUUGAGGCACUGCUGCCGUAUGGCGAGAAGGAGGAAGAGAUUGAGGAGUUCCUUGCCGAGCAGUGGUCCUUUGACGAUUUCAAGGACAUGCACGCAUCCGUCCUCGCCGUAAAGGCUGAGCUGCUUGAGUUCAGCAACCACGUGUCUUGUCCAUCUGUCGAGGUGAACCGCACACAGCUCCGCGACGCCCUCAUCGCCAGGUGCGAGGAGCUGUCCACGCGUCUGCUGCAAGCGUUGGCUGAGCGCCACGUUGCAGAGUGCCGCGACAUUUGCAAGCGGUUUGAGACCAUCUCGAAGAAAGCGCUGACGGAGCCCGAAGACAGCAAGGAGAUGUUCGCCCUCAUGGCCUACAUGGACAAGGUGCGGGCUGAGGAGCUCGAGGAGCUGAAGACGCGUAUCACCAUGCGGCAGAAGCGCAUGGCGUUCCUGCUCGAGACAUACGAGCUCGCCCCAGACCAGAUGAACCUGAACAGCCAGACGGUGACGUGGCCAACGCGCAUCCUGCCUGUGUUCGACGAGAACGCCGUCCUGCUGGAGCGGGUGAAGACGCGAACGGAGCAGCAGCUCAUGUCGAAGAAGGAGAAAGUGCUGCUUGAGCUUGAGAAGAUUCGCAAGCGCCUGGCCGAGCUUGAGGAAGCAAAUGACAUGAAGGCCAUCGGCGCAUAUGUCAAGGAGGUGCAGUCGCUCCAGCGCAAACUCCACGAGCUCACCUCACAGGUCACGUUCAUCAACAAAGAGGAGCAGCUGUUUGGCUGGGAGCCGAGCCAGUACCCGGCCAUUCAAGAACUGCUUUUCGAGUGCGAACCGUUUGACUCCCUCUUCUCCACCACCUUCACCUGGCAGAAGACGCUUCGCCGCUGGCUCGAGGGCCCGUUUACGGAGCUUGACCCAGACAAGGUGCUGGAGCAGCUGGACGACUUCUGGCGGCAGUUCUACAAGAAGGCGAAGAGCUAUGGCGCAGACACCAACAUGUACAAGAUCUGCGACAACGUCAAGGUGGAGGUCCAGUCGUUCAAGCAGCACAGCAACCUCAUUCAGGUAAUCUGCAACCCCGGGCUGCGAGAGCGCCACUGGACAAAGAUGUCGAAGAUUGUCGGCAAAAACAUCAUGCCAGACUCCUCGAGCACGUUGCAGCAGUUCCUGGACAUGAACCUGGAGAAACACAUGGAGGAGCUUGAGGGCGUGUCUGGUGCAGCUUCGAAGGAGUACUCGCUGGAGAAGGCCAUGGACCGCAUGCACGCGGAGUGGGAACCAAUGGAGUUUGGCCUCACAGAAUACAGAGACACUGGUGUGCAUAUCCUGUCGAGUGUGGAUGAGAUUCAGACCAUGCUGGACGACCACCUCGUCAAGACCCAAACCAUGCGCAGCUCCCCGUUCAUCAAACCGUUCCAGGAGCGCAUCACGGCUUGGGAGAAGCUGUUGGUGACGACGCAAGACAUCAUCGACGGCCUGCUCAAGGUCCAGGCCACGUGGCUCUACCUCGAGCCCAUCUUCAGCUCGCCAGACAUCAUGGCGCAGAUGCCCAAGGAGGGGGACCUGUUCACGCAGGUCGACCGCUCCUUCCGGCGCAUCAUGGGCCACUGCGGCGACGAUCCGCACGUGCUCGCCACAUGCAGCAUUGACGGCCUUCUCGACACCGUCAACAGCGCAAACGACAUGCUCGAGCUCAUCCUCAAAGGACUCAACGAGUAUCUGGAGAAGAAGCGCCUGUUCUUUGCUCGCUUCUUCUUCCUCUCCAACGACGAGAUGCUGGAGAUUUUGUCCGAGACCAAGGACCCAAAGCGCGUGCAGCCGCACCUCAAGAAAUGCUUCGAAGGCAUCCGGCGCCUCGUGUUCACUGACGAGCUUGACAUCCAGACGAUGGUCAGUUCCGAGGGCGAGAACGUGGACCUGACAGAGACCAUCUCCACCGCAGCAGCGCGUGGGCAGGUGGAGAAGUGGCUGCUGGAGCUUGAGGGCAUGAUGCGUCGCUCUGUGCGCGAUCAGAUUGUCAUGGCGCUCGAGGCAUACACGCGCACGGAGCGCAAGGAGUGGGUGCAGCAGUGGCCGGGCCAGGUUGUCAUCUGCGUCGGCCAGACCUACUGGACCACGGGCGUGCACGAAGCCAUCCGCGCGGGCCCAAAGGGGCUUGCCGACUACUGCGACAAGCUUGAGUCUGACCUGCAGGACAUUGUUGCGCUGGUGCGCGGCAAGCUGCCCAAGCAGGUGCGUACGACGCUUGGUGCCCUGGUCACGCUCGAUGUGCACGCGCGCGAUGUGACGAUUGACCUCAAGAACAAGGGCGUCACCAGCGACGCCGACUUCCAGUGGCUGUGCCAGCUGCGCUACUACUGGGAGAACGAUCAGGUAAUGGUCAAGAUGAUCAACUCCGUAUGCGACUACGGCUACGAGUACCUGGGCAACUCGUUCCGCCUCGUCGUCACGCCGCUCACAGAUCGCUGCUACCGCACGCUGAUUGGCGCAUACGCCCUCCAUCUUGGCGGUGCACCCGAAGGCCCCGCCGGCACCGGCAAGACUGAGACUGUCAAAGAUCUCGCAAAGGCCCUCAGCGUCCAGUGUGUCGUCUUCAAGUACGCCACACGCUCCGAUGGUCUUGACUACAAGGCGAUGGGCAAGUUCUUCAAGGGCCUUGCCUCUGCCGGCGCGUGGGCGUGCUUUGACGAGUUCAACCGCAUCGACCUCGAGGUGCUCUCUGUCGUUGCACAGCAGAUUCUGCAGAUCCAGCGCGCCGUGGAGACGGGCAUGGAGCGGUUUAUGUUUGAGGGCACGCAGCUGAGCCUCAACCCCAAGUGCAACUCAUACAUCACCAUGAACCCCGGUUACGCCGGCCGUUCCGAGCUGCCAGACAACCUCAAGGUGCUCUUCCGCACCGUGGCCAUGAUGGUGCCAGACUACGCCAUGAUCGCUGAGAUUAUGCUCUACUCGUUUGGCUUUGUCAACGCGCGGCCCAUGAGUGUGAAGAUCACCACCACAUACAAGCUGUGCUCGGAGCAGCUGUCGUCGCAGUUCCACUACGAUUACGGCAUGCGCGCCGUCAAGGCUGUGCUGUCCGCUGCCGGCAACCUCAAGCUUGCGUACCCGGAGGAAGACGAAGGCAUUCUGAUCCUGCGUGCCAUCGUAGACGUCAACCUGCCCAAGUUCCUCUCGCAUGACAUCCCGCUCUUCAACGGUAUCAUCUCCGACCUCUUCCCCGGUGUUGAGCUGCCAAAGCCAGACUACUCUGAGCUGUUCAGCACGGCGCGCGCCGUGUGCAAAGAGCGUGAUCUGCAGGCCACAGACACCUUCCUGGAAAAGCUUGCACAGAUGUACGAGAUGAUGAUUGUUCGUCACGGGUUUAUGCUCGUCGGCGAACCUUUUGCCGCCAAGACCACCGUCCUCAAGGUACUGGCGCGGUCGCUGUCGCUGCUGGCGGAGGCGCAUGCCGGCGAGAUGCAGGACGACGACGAGCCCUUGUACCGCGGUGUGGAGUAUCGAAUCAUCAACCCCAAGUCCAUCACGCUGAGCCAGCUGUACGGCAGCUUCGACCCCGUCUCUCACGAGUGGUCAGACGGCGUGCUUGCCACAUCCUUCCGCAUGCUCGCAAGCGACCCAAGCCCAACAAGAAGGAAGUGGACGGUGUUUGAUGGCCCCGUUGAUGCCGUGUGGAUUGAGAACAUGAACACCGUGCUCGACGACAACAAGAAGCUGUGCCUCAUGUCUGGUGAGAUUAUCGGGCUCUCCGACACCAUGUCCAUGAUCUUCGAGACAAUGGACCUGUCCCAGGCAUCGCCAGCCACCGUGUCCCGUUGCGGUAUGAUCUACCUUGAGCCGUCACAGCUGGGCUGGCGCCCACAUGCGGACUCGUGGCUGCAGACGCGACCGGAGUACAUCUCUCAGGCGCUCAGGGAUCUGCUGAGCCAGCUCCUGGACACGUUUGUGCCGGCUGGUGUGGAGUUUGUGCGCAAGCAUCUGCGGCAGUAUGUUGAGGUUGCGGACAUUAUGUUUGUGCACUCGCUCUUCCGCCUUCUCGACAGCUCCAUGCAGUCCGAGUUCGAGAAUGAGAGCAACGUCAAGAUCCUGGAAGGGUGGGUGAAGGGCGUGUUUCUAUUCAGCUUCAUCUGGUCGUUCGGUGCCAGCACAGACAACACGGGCCGCCCCAAGUUUGACCAGUUCCUCCGCGAGCUCUACUCCAACCAGAACGAGGAGUACCCGUGCCCGGUCAAGUUUGAUGUGACGCUGCCGGAGGAAGGGCUGGUGUACGACUACCUGUUUGAGCUCAAGGGCAAGGGCAAGUGGAUGAAGUGGACUGCAACUGCCCCAACAGACCUGAAACUUCGCACGGGCCAACAGCUCAAGGAUGCGAUUGUGCCGACGAUGGACACCAUCCGGUACAAGUACCUCAUGGACAUCAGCAUCAAGAACAAGGUGCCGCUGCUGUUCGUCGGGCCCACGGGCACGGGCAAGUCCGUGUACAUCAAGGAGAAGAUCAUGCAGGAGCUGGACAAGGACACGUUCGUGCCGCUCUUCCUGACCUUCUCUGCGCGAACCACGUCGACGCAGACACAAAACUUCAUCAUGUCGAAGCUCGACAAGCGGCGCAAGGGUGUGUUUGGCCCGCGCAUGGGCAAGCAGUGCAUUGCGUUUGUGGAUGACCUGAACAUGCCCGCCGUCGAGGUGUACGGUGCACAGCCGCCCAUUGAGCUGCUGCGCCAAUUCCUUGACCACGGCUUCUGGUACGACCUCAAGGACACCACCAAGAUGAAACUUCAGGACGUGCAGUUCAUCUCUGCGAUGGGUCCACCUGGCGGCGGCCGCAACCACAUCACAACUCGCAUGCUUCGCCACGUCAACCUCGUGUCCAUCACGGAGUUUGAUGACGAGACGAUGACGCGCAUCUUCUCCACCAUCCUGACAAAGGCUUUCAAAGACGGCCACUUCUCCAUGGAGCUGCAGGCCUUUACGAAGAACCUGGUGUCGGCCACGCUGCACGUGUACAAGAGCGCCAUUGCAUCGCUGCUGCCCACCCCGGCCAAGUCGCACUACACAUUCAACCUCCGCGAUUUCGCGCGCGUUGUGAACGGCAUCGUCCUCAUGAAAGGCUCGCAUGCUGGCGACAAGAACAAGAUGUGCCGGCUGUGGACGCACGAGGUGCUGCGCGUGUUUGGCGAUCGCCUUGUUGAUGACAACGACCGUCAAUGGCUCUUCUCGCUCGUGCAAGACACCGUCAAGUCGGAGUUCAAGCUGUCCUUUGACGGCGUGUUUGAGCAACUCAAGCCCGAGCGCGGCAAGAUGGACUUUCACGACUUUGGCAAGCUCAUGUUUGGAGACUUUGCGGACCUCGAUUCCAACGACCGCAUCUAUGAUGAGCUGCAGGAUCUGGACGCGUUGACAGACACGGUGAAGAGUGCGCUGGAGGAGUACAACAACAUCAACAAGACACCGAUGGAUUUGAUCAUCUUCCGCUAUGUCCUUGAGCACCUGUGCCGCAUCAGCCGCGUGCUGAAGCAAGCUGGCGGCCAUGCCUUGCUCGUGGGUGUUGGCGGGUCGGGCCGGCAGAGCGUCACGCGUCUCGCCGCGCACAUUGCCGACUACGCCGUGUUCCAGCCCGAGAUUACGAAGCAGUAUGGUGACGAGGAGUGGAUGGACGACAUCAAGCGCCUGAUGAGGAAGGCCGGCAUGGAGGACAAGCCAACCGUGUUCCUGCUCUCCGACUCACAGAUCAAGCAAGAGAGCAUGCUUGAGGACGUGGAUGCGCUGCUGAACAGCGGCGAAGUCGCCAACAUCUUCCCGCCCGACGAGAAGGGCGAAAUCUGCGAGGCCGUUCGGCCGAGUGCGCAGGAGCUUGACCCCUCUGCCGAGCUCACCCCGGUUGACCUGUACGCCUACUUUAUCAGCCGCUGCCGUGACAACCUACACAUUGUGCUGGCCUUCUCGCCCAUCGGCUCGUCAUUCCGCAACCGCCUGCGCAUGUUCCCCUCGCUGGUCAACUGCUGCACCAUUGACUGGUUCCAACCGUGGCCUGCGGAGGCCCUGCAGCUGGUGGCGGAAACAUUCGUGGCCGAUAUCGAGAUGUCGGAUGAGGACAAGGCAGCCGUCGUCAACCUCUGCCAGUACUUUGACAUCUCAAGUCGAUCGCUGUCCCAGCGGUUCUUGAACGACCUGCACCGACACACGUACAUCACGCCAACCUCCUUCCUUGAGCUCGUCAAGGCCUUCAAGUCCCUGCUCGGCAAGAAGCGAGACGAGAUCAUGAAGGUGAAGAACCAGUACACGACUGGCCUUGACAAGCUUGAGUUUGCUGCGAGCCAGGUAGCCACCAUGCGACAGGAGCUUGAGGACCUGCAGCCCAAACUCGCGCAGGCGCAGGUGGACAACGCCAACAUGAUGGAGCAGAUCAACAAGGAGUCUGAAGAGGCAGCGGCCAUCGAGGUGAACGUCAAGAAGGACGAGGCGUUUGUGGCCGAGAAGACGGCAAUUGCGCAGAAGGAAAAGAACGAGUGCGAGGAGCUGCUUGCAGAGGCCGUGCCGGCGCUUGAGGCGGCACUGGAGGCCCUCAACACGCUGAAGAAGCCCGACAUUGACGUGAUCAAGACCAUGAAAUCGCCGCCGGCUGGUGUGAAGCUGGUCAUGGAGGCCGUGUGCGUCAUGAAGGACGUCAAGCCAGAGAAGAUCACAGACAGCGCCGGCAAGAAGCAACUUGACUACUGGGGCCCAGCGAAGAAGAUGAUUGGCGACAUGAAGUUCCUGCAGUCGCUCAAGGACUACGACAAGGACAACAUCCCGCCCAAGACCAUGGCCAUCAUUCGCGACAAGUACAUCCCCAACGAGAACUUUGUGCCGGAGAAGGUGGCCAAAGCCUCCAGCGCUGCGGAGGGCCUGUGCAAGUGGAUUCGCGCCAUGGAGGUUUACGACCGCGUGGCCAAGGUCGUGGCGCCGAAGCGAGAGGCCCUCAAGCAGAAGGAGGCGGAGGUGGGUGAGCUCUCUGCUGUGCUGAAGCAAAAACGCGACGAGCUCAAAGCCGUGCAAGACCGUGUUGCGAACCUCAACAAGCAGCUGGAGGAGAAGGUGCAGGAGAAGCAGGACUUGGAGGCAAAGGUUGACCUCUGUGCAAUGAAACUCGACAGGGCACAGAAGCUCAUCGGAGGUCUUGGCGGUGAGAAGAAGCGGUGGAGCGAGGCAGCAGAGUCGCUGCAGGCGGCUUACGACAACCUCACGGGCGACAUUCUCGUGUCGUCUGGCGUCAUUGCAUAUCUUGGCCCGUACACAUCCGUGUACCGCCAAGAGACGGUGAUCGAGUGGGUCAAGGAGUGCCGCGCGCAGAAGCUCACUUGCAGUGACAACUUCAGCCUCAGCACCACCCUAGGCAACCCAGUCAAGAUAAGGUCGUGGAACAUUGACGGGCUGCCCACUGACGGCUUCUCUGUCGACAACGGCGUGAUGCUGGAGAAUUCACGGCGGUGGCCACUCAUGAUUGACCCGCAGGGCCAAGCAAACAAGUGGAUCAAGAACAUGGAGAAGGACAACAACUUGUCUGCCAUCAAGCUGACAGAUGGGACGUUCAUGCGCACCCUUGAGAACGCCAUCCAGUUUGGCACGCCAGUCCUGCUGGAAAAUGUUGGCGAGGAGCUUGACCCUGCGCUCGAGCCGCUACUCCAGAAGUCCACCUUCAAGCAGGGCGGUGUUGUGUGCAUCAAGCUCGGCGAGAACGUGCUUGAGUACUCGCAGGACUUCCGCUUCUACAUCACGACCAAGCUGCCCAACCCGCACUACCUGCCCGAGACAGCGACGAAGGUCACGCUCAUCAACUUCAUGAUCACGCUCGAGGGCCUCGAAGACCAGCUGCUCGGUCUGGUUGUUGCAAAGGAGCAGCCGGCACUGGAGGAGGAGCGGCAAAAGUUGAUUGUCGUCUCUGCAGAGAACCAGCGCCAAUUGAAGGAAAUUGAGGCCAGGAUCCUUGAAACGCUCUCAUCAUCCGAGGGCAACAUUUUGGAGGAUGAAGACGCCAUCAAAGUGCUUGAUGACGCAAAGAUUCUCUCAGACCAGAUCCAGGAGAAGCAGCGGGCUGCUGAGGCGACGCAGAAGAAGAUCAGCGAGAACCGGCGUGGGUACAAGCCCGUCGCCUCCCACUCUGCCGUUCUCUUCUUCGUCAUUGCCGACUUGGCAAACAUUGACCCCAUGUACCAGUACUCGCUCACUUGGUUUGUCAACCUCUACCUCGCCUCCAUCGCUCAGAGCACCAAGAGCAAACAGCUGGAAAAGCGGUUGCGGUAUUUGACGGACCACUUCACGUACAACCUCUACUGCAACGUCUGCCGCUCGCUGUUUGAGAAGGACAAGCUUCUGUUUGCCUUCCUCCUCUGCACGUCCCUCCUCAAGUCAAGGUCUCAGCUUGAGCAAACGGAGCUGAUGUUCUUCCUGACGGGCGGUGUUGGGCUGGACAACAAGCGGCCCAAGCCGGAUCAGCCCUGGAUCCAACAGAAGAUGUGGGACGAGCUGUGCAGGAUGUCAGACCUCCCCGCCUUCAAGAAGCUUGGCUUCCUCGAGAAAUUUGAGCAAGACCCGGGCCAGUGGCAGUACAUCUACGACAGCAAGCUGCCGCACACGGAGGAGCUGCCUGCGCCAUGGCAGGGCGACCUCAGCGAGUUCCAGCGCAUGAUCCUCGUGCGUGUGCUGCGCCCGGACAAGGCUGUGCCGCUCGCUCGCCGCUUCGUGGACGCCAAGCUUGGGCAGAAGUUCACAGAGCCGCCGCCGUUUGACCUUGGCAAGUCGUACAAUGACUCCAUCUGCACACAGCCGCUCAUCUUCGUCCUCUCCCCAGGCGCUGAUCCCAUGGCCUCCCUCCUCAAAUUUGCAGAGGCGUCUGGAUUUGGCGGGGAAAAGUUCAACGCCAUCUCUCUCGGCCAGGGCCAGGGACCGUUCGCUGAGAAGAUGAUCGAAGAGGCGCGAGAGAAAGGCCACUGGGUUGCGCUGCAGAACUGUCACCUUGCCGUGUCGUGGAUGCCAGCUCUCGAGCGCAUAUGCGAAGAGUUUUCGACAGAGAACACACACGAGGACUUCCGUCUCUGGCUCACCUCAUAUCCGAGCGACAAGUUCCCCGUCGCUGUCCUCCAGAAUGGCGUGAAAAUGACCAACGAACCACCAACGGGCCUGCGCAUGAACAUGCUGCAGUCGUAUCUGACAGACCCCAUCUCAGACACAGACUUCUUCAACAGGCUUGAAGCGUCGCCGAAGAAGCACGAGGCGUUCCAGAAGCUUCUCUUUGGCCUCUGCUUCUUCCACGCCCUCGUGCAGGAGCGCAGGAAGUUCGGUCCACUUGGUUGGAACAUUCCUUAUGGCUUCAACGAAAGCGAUCUCCGCAUCAGCGUCCGCCAGCUCAACAUUUUCAUUGACGAGUAUGACGAGCUGCCGUACGAUGCGCUUCAGUACCUGACCGGCCAGUGCAACUAUGGUGGCCGCGUCACAGACGACUGGGACAGGCGGUGUCUUGUAAGCAUCCUCAACAACACGUUUGCACCUCCAGCCGUGGAGAAGAUCAAGUACAAGUUUUCUGAGAGCGGCACCUACUACGUCCCGCCAGCCAACGGCUACCAGAGCUUUGUUGACUUCAUCCGGGAACUCCCUGUCGACCAACCACCAGAGGCAUUCGGAAUGCACGACAACGUGGAUAUUUCAAAGGAUCUGCAGGAAACAAAGCAGCUGUUUGACUCCUGCUUGGCAACACAAAAAGGCGCGGCCACGACAACAACUGGCGACGCCAAGCCCGAAGACAUUCUCGACGGCAUCGCCUCGGAUAUCCUGGACAAGCUGCCUGCUGCGUUUGACCUGGAAGCUGCGCUCAAGAAGUACCCGACACGCUAUGAAGAGAGCAUGAACACCGUCCUGGUCCAGGAGAUGCAGCGCUUCAACCGCUUGCUGGAGUGCAUCCUGACGUCGCUUACGGAACUGCGCAAGGCCAUCAAGGGCGUCGUGCUCAUGUCGCCCGAUCUUGAGCGGGUGUCUCGCUCCCUCACCAUUGGAAAGGUGCCAGACAUGUGGAUGGCCAAGUCGUACCCGUCCCUGAAGCCGCUUGGAAGCUACAUUUCAGACUUCCUUAAGAGGCUGGAGUUCUUGCAGCACUGGUAUGACAACGGGAAGCCGCCCGUUUUUUGGAUUUCGGGCUUCUACUUCACGCAGGCGUUCCUCACGGGUGCGCUGCAGAACUUCGCGCGCAAGUACACUAUCCCCAUUGACAUUCUCGGCUUUGACUUUGAGGUGCUGCGGGAGCACGUGGAUCAGACCGUUCCACCAGAGGACGGCGUGUACAUCAACGGCCUCUUCCUCGACGGCGCAAGGUGGGAUGCGGCCGAGCACGCGCUUGGAGAGUCGUUCCCCAAAGUGCUUUUUGACGAAGUUCCGACCAUUUGGCUCAAGCCUGGAAAGAUGGCUGAGAUUGAGCCUUGUGCAACCUACACGUGUCCGGUGUACAAGACGAGCGAGCGUCGCGGUACGCUCUCGACAACCGGACACUCGACAAACUACGUUUUGCCCAUCAAGCUUCCAUCAAAGCACCCGGAGGAUCACUGGAUUCGACGCGGUGUGGCCAUGAUCUGCCAGCUCGACGAUUAG